AUGGCCACCCUAUUACGGUCGCAAACCCCCGUGCAGGACGCAUAUGGUGCCACCGCGCAAGCCCCCGAUUCCAUCUCCAGUCGAGGAUACGGCACGCGAUCAGGCUCCCGACCCAACUCCUUCGCCGCCAGCAGUUCCGCUUACAAUCUCGCUCACGGCGCUGUCGUGGAACCAUCCGCCCUCCCUCGUGCCGGUCGUUUCCACGAGGACUUCGAUGCGGCUACCCAACGGGGCUCCGUCGUUCUCGAGGGCCCCUCGUCCGCUGGAAUGCAACGCUCCGUCUCGCAAAUGUCCAGUCGCUCCGCAACCCCGACGCGAUCCGGCACCGGUACUCUGAAGAAGAAAUCGUCGCUCAGCAAACGAGGCAGCAUGCGCCGCAGCGGGAGUAAACGCAGUUUGCGCGCCGGCAGCGUGCGCAGUCUGGUCCUUGGAGAUAAGGAGAAGUAUGGCGUCGAAGGCGCCGACGAUCAAAACAGCGCCUUCUAUAUCCCCAUCCCCACGGAUGGAACGCCCACCGAGGUAUUGGCGAAUCGCUUUCAGGCGUGGCGCAAAACCCUCAAGGACCUGAUCAUCUUCUUCAAGGAAAUCCAGAAAUCCUACGAAGCCCGAGCGAAACUGUUCCUCUCGGCAUCGAACGUCAUUAACAACACGUCCCUUCCUCCCACAUUCCUCAAAUCCGGAGGUCUGGGAGAUGCGACCGAAGUCCUGCGAGAUUUUCACCGACAAGGCUAUCUGGAGGCGACGAAGGCUGCCGAGGUGGAAAGCGAGGUCGUCAGCCAGCUGAUGGGUCUCCGGAAUGACCUGCAGAAGAAAACCAAGGAAAUCAGGAGUCUCUCGGGAGAUUUUCGGAACUCCGUGGACAAAGAAGUCGAAGCCACCCGCAAGUCGGUGCGACAGCUGCACGAAUCACUCGGACUGGUCGACACCGACCCGUCCGCAACUUCGGGCAAGGGCGACCCUUUCAUCGUCCGCUUGAGUGUGGAUAAGCAGAUCGAAAAGCAGAUCGAGGAAGAGAACUAUUUGCACCGGGCGUUCUUGAACCUGGAAAAUUCCGGUCGCGAGCUAGAGUCAAUUGUGGUCAGCGAGAUUCAGAAGGCCUACAACGCAUAUGCCAGCAUUCUCAAACGGGAAGCCGACGAGACGUACGACACUGUCAACAAACUGCGGGCGGGACCGAUUUCCAUGCCCCACGAUCACGAAUGGAAUUCAUUCAUUGCCACGACCGACGAGCUUGUCGAUCCUCGAGUUCCUCUGCGAGACGUGGAGAACAUUUCUUAUCCAGGCAAGGAUCAUCCCGCCGCUGCAGAAGUUCGGUCGGGGAUGCUCGAGCGUAAGAGCAAGUACCUGAAGAGCUAUACGCCUGGCUGGUAUGUGUUGUCUCCGACGCAUCUUCACGAAUUCAAGUCGGCCGAUCGAGUGGCCUGGCAAACCCCGGUCAUGUCGCUGUACCUCCCGGAGCAAAAGCUAGGCACGCAUUCGCAGCCGGAUUCGACCUCGCACAAAUUCAUGCUGAAGGGCCGACAGACGGGCACCAUGCAUCGGGGCCACUCAUGGGUCUUCCGUGCAGAAUCUCACGAGACCAUGAUGGCGUGGUACGAAGACAUCGAGAGCCUGAUCUCCAAGACGGGUGAAGCCCGCAAUGCUUUUGUCCGGAGACAUGUGCGAACGGUCAGUGGGAACAGUUAUCGCACCAGCAUCGACGGAGUCAUGGAUGAAGACGAAGCCGACCGAACGCCCUACUCGCCGGAAUCUGCGGUUUUAAACCAGGAGCGGCCUGCGUCUCAGCCCCGUGAGCCGGGCGGCCGGUUCCCCAGUGAUGUGCAGAUAGACCGCCAUUUGCAGGCCCCACUGUCGCCGUCGAGUGGAGAGAGUUCCGGUGAGAGAGACCUGCUAGCCGCGGCCGGCUCCUUGUCCGAUCAUUUCGAUCCCAAUGCCCGGCCCAUGUCGAAUCGUGGCAUCGAUGAGAAUCAGUCUCGAUCUGCGGCGGGUUCCGAAGGGCCUCGAAGCCCUUUUGAGCGACACGACAGCUAUUACGGUGGUUGGAUGAGUCCCACCGACUCUGUCGCUCGUCAGAAACAGCAGGAGGCUCAGCAAACCUAUUCUGCGUCCGGGAAUCAAGGCUCUCGGUUCUACCGAGAUAGCUCCUCUCAACCCCAAACCUUCUUCGUCGCCGGGAUGGGCUCGGGGAGCUCGCGUGAUUCUUCGGUUGUACAACAGAGGAACCGGGGCGAGAGUGCAUCCACUGCGCCCACCACUACCAAUGUGACCGAUCACACCCAUAACACCGUUCCCACGUCGAUCGACGAGGGCCCGGAGCCAUCCAUCUCAGGGUCCGAAAAGCCCCUGAACGACGCGCAGAGGAAAACCCUCGACCCUGCCGCCGAAGUCUCGUCGGCGAAGACCGUCCCCGUCAUGUCGUCCGGCGGCGUCACUACCGAAGGCAAACGGCCGUCUGCUCAAAGCAAGAACAGCGUCUCAACCCUCGAACUGAGAAUCCCGGGACAUUACCCCCCGGCCAAUGUCUCCGCCUAA